GACCUCUGUAUCACCAUCGUUGAAAAAGAAACAAUAGAAAGAGACCCCCAAGGAAGAAAGACCAAGUAGAUCUUGUCAUCAGGUGCUCUAAUAAAAUUAUUAUCAUCAUUGUUCUUAUCACAUUAUUGUUUUCUGUAUCUACUAUCUAGCUACGUAACAUAAGAAAGCCGACAAAUUAUUAUGAUGUAUAUAAAUAAGCAAUCGGCUUUCCCCUUGAGAACCCACACCAACACACAGCAAACGCAGCUUGAGAAAUAUUUCCAAUAAAAAACCUCCAGAGGAAAUGGCCACCAACAGCUUCUGCAUGAUCAACAAAUCCCUCCUGGCCUUCUCUUUCAUUCUCCUGAUGAUUUCCGGCGCUGAAAGUACGGCAUGCGUACAAACGUGCGAUAGCGCUAUCCAGGUGAAGAAGAAGGAUACCUGCAAUCAAGUUGCUGCUACGUAUGGCAUGACUCCGAACAAAUUCCUUUCUUUCAACCCAAAUUUGCCUUGCAGGCAUCUCUUCAUCGGCCAAUGGAUUUGCGUCGCAGGCACAGCGUGUUAAUCAGAUCCUAGUUAAAGCAUUG